AUGGCUUCCAUGAAGAAAGACUCCGGUGAAUUUGCCAAGAAGCUGUCAUACGCGGAGUUCAGCUUCGCAAAAUUUGCAAGAAUGCUGGAGGAGAAGGAUGAUGUGUUUGACGACCGUGGUAGUUCAAUUUUCUUCAUGCGUGCGUUCCAGAUGCGUAUCGAAAUGUGCGCUUACGGUCGCGAACAUGACUCGACGCUCUGCGUGCUCGAUGUCCGUAGUCAAGCGCUUAUAGGACGGCUCCACGAUCUUGCAUGGCCCACACCAAUCCUUGUGCACGUCAACAACUGCCGCAGCAUGGUUAUCAACCGCCUGCAGCCAUUUCGAUUGCUCCAGGAACACUUGCACCCAGUGCUCAGCGUCCCGAACCUUCGUCACCAACUCCAUCGCUGCAGUUUCUACCCAAGUGGCUCUUCAGAUUUCUUUGGCGACGCUUGA